UUAUUGUUUGCUGCUUGGGAAUGAGAGUAUGAUGUGAUUGUAAGUUUAAGUCUGCUGUGAGAAGAAGCAUUUUUAAGACUUAUUUAAGGUUUGAGCAUCAAAUAAUGGAAGAUAUAAUGACUUUACUGUGUCAUUCUAUGAAGUUAGAAAGAGAUCGAGGAGUUAAUGAAUUACAAAAAUUUCUCUCCAAUGCAAAAUUUGAUGAGUUGAAAAAUUUACAGUCAUGUUUAGAAAAUAUGUUAUCGAAAAAUUCCGAUUGUUGGCAAGAAAAACUUGGAUUAUUGCUCGGAAUUAAAGCUUAUUUACCUUACUUGAAGAAAUCGCUUGAAGAUGAGUCAACAUCGCAAUUCAUUGAUAAAGUAAUGAACACGGCAUUAGAUUUGUUGACGGAUGAUGAAGUUCGAGUCAGAUUAGAAUCAGGUGAAGUAUUAGGAGGUUUGUGUGAACUAUUAGGAACCACAGUAUAUGAAAAGUGUAAAGAUAAAGUUUUAUCUUUAAUAAAAAAUAAUUUGGAAAGAGAUACUAUCUCAGAUGCCAGUUCUCGAUUACCAGAUAGUAAUGAAAAUGAAAGAAAAUGUGAUGAUUUAAUGAAACAAACAGGUCGGGAUGCAUCCCAGAUAUUUCAUGACACAGCAGGUUGGAAAUGCCUAGAAACAAGUAUGAAAUGUUUACAAGCAAUGAUAGAUGGAUGUGGACCAAGUUUCCAAAUGUGGAUUAAUCAAGAAUUACUUGAUCUUUUAUUUCAAGCGUUAAAACAUACAAAUCGAUUUGUUCGAGAAACAGGAUUUUAUGUCUUAGGUUCUCUUGUUAGUUGUGGAUCAGUGGAAAGUGGAGAUAAUAAAAUAUACCAUAAUCCUUUUAAAUCCACUCAAUUUGGUCAUCAAAUUAGUCAUGAAAUAGGAUUAGGACUUUCAGAUAAUUGGAGUCAGGUACGAUUAGCUUCAUCUGAAGCUGCAAGAAAAUUCCUUCUUUCCUUUAAUAAUGAAGAAGAAAGAGAGGUGUUUUAUCCUGUAUUAUUACCAAGAAUGUGUCUAAAUAGAUACUAUGUAGCAGAUGGUGUCAGAAUAUAUUCUCAAGAAACAUGGAGAAGAAUUGCAAAAACUGAAGGAAGAGAAUUAGUACAAAAAUACAUAAAUCCUGUUGUCGAGUAUUAUGUUUCUCAAACUAAAGCAAAUAAUCAUGCUGUUAGAGAAGCUGCUUGUGCAUGCAUUGCAGAAUUAGCUUCAAAGAUAAAGCAAGAUUCUGUAAGACCUCAUGUUCCCCGUUUACUCAGUACUUUGUUGGAAUGUUUCCAGGAUGAGAGUUGGCCUGUAAGAGAUGCUGCCUGUCUUGCUUGUGGGAAUUUUGUGAUGUGUUAUCCUGAAGAAUCUCGCUUCUCAAUGGAAUCCUUGUAUCCAAUGUUUUUCCGGAAUCUACAUGAUUGUAUAUCAUCAGUUAGGCAAGGUGCAGCAACUGCACUUGCAAAUGUAGUUCAAGCUUAUGGUGCAGAAGCAUUUUCAAUUGUUAGUAAAGAAAUUGAAAAGGGUUUAAAUAGUGUAGAGAAUCAACCAUCUGAAUCAGAGAAAUAUGCAAGUUUUGAUAAAGGUCUUUCAACUUUUAGUGUUGUAAAAAAAUUGAGAGAUAAUGAUAUGGAAUUACAUACAAAUAAACAGAUGUAUUCUUGUGGAUCUUUGGCUCCAAAAAUGGGUCGAGGUGGUGGCUGCUCUGAUCAUAAAUUUUAUAAACCAUCUGAGCCUUGGGAAUUUGCUGAUGGAUGUAUUCAUUUGGUUGCAGUGUUAUCUCAAAACACAGCAUUUUCAAAGGAAAUCAUAAAAUUUCUUGAUUUGAUAACAAAAGCAGUGAGUUAUCGACAUUAUACACAUCAUUUAUCUCUCCUGGAAACAUUAUGUCAACAACUACCCAAUAUUGCCCGUGGAAUUGGGAAAAAAGCAUUUAAGCUUCAUUUGGAAAAUUUUUUGGACGACAUAUUCUAUAGCUUGAGUAGUGAAAAUCCUUUAACAUCAAGUGCUGCAAGUCAAUGUCUUAAUCAGCUGUCCACAUUUUUAGGACCUUCGAUCUUAAGAGCUCGUGUGGAACAACACAAUCCACAAUUCUUACAACAGCUUGAUGCAAAUAGUCACAUUGCAGGUUUAUAAAAACUAAAGACUAUUUAUUUUUAGUAGAACAUACAAAUCACAUAUUUACAAAAUCUUCAUCAAAUGUUUGAUCAAUAAUCUAACCAAUCCUUCA